AUGCUCCGUCUCGAUUGUUGACACGAAAUGCAUCCACCGAUGUGUCACCACUGUGUGUGACUUACUCACUAACCAACCACACGAAAAGGCACUCGAUCGGAUCGACAAGGUGCACACCACACUCACAAAGCCAGCCUGUCAGUCAGUGCCUUACACAUACACACAUGCGCACACUCGCACACGGCUAUCUAUCCAUGAGAGGUGCUGUGCUGUCUGCACGUCGGUCUCGAUCUUCACAAUGCGUCAAAACAUGGCCGUCAUCUCUGCGAUUAUGGGGUCCUCUAAGGUUGGCUCAGGCAGCUGGGUGCCGAUGACGGCCAGUUCGUCGGCCUUGUCGUUGCCCUCGUUGCCGCUGUGGCCCUUGACGUGCACCAUCUCAAGCAUGCUCAUACCGAAGCCAUUCCGCUCCUGCGUGCAGUGCAGUGCAGUGCACACGGCACACAUACGGAGAGAUGCAACCAGCGGGAAGUAAGGGGGCCGUGCAGUGCAUGUGUGGCUCCACUGAUUGAAUGAAUUGGCCGACCCGUAUGAGCGCAUCGAGAGUCUUGACUAGGUCCUGGUUGCUCACGGGCUGAAGGAGCGACACACAACACAAGACAAGACAAGAGAGGGAAGGAUGAAUGAAUGCGUGGUCGUGUCAGUAUGUUUUGAGUCGAUCUUUCGUGGACGUACGUCUUUGUUGGCGUUCUUCCAUCCGUUGGAGCGCCACCUCUGAAUCCACUCGCUGACACACUUGAUGGUGUACUGGGAGUCCGUGAACAGGCGGACAGGCAGUCCACGAGAAUCCCUGCAACGCAACGCAACGCAACACCCCACCACACACACACACACACACAGGUGCAUUGCUCUGCCUCUUUCUGCGGUCUGUUACUAUCAUUCACUUCACCACCUGCACAGCUCGAGUGCCUUGACGGCCGCGAACAGCUCCGCCCGCUGGUUGGUCUGCUUCCCAUACAUACGACCACAGCAGUUCCUGCACCGCACCGCAACACACCACACACACACAUGUGGUGCCAUCCCUCCCUGAUUGAUGCACGCCUUGCUGCUCAGCUGACUUACUUGUCAUCGCCCUGUCCGAACCACACGCCCCACCCGGCCAUGGCGUUCGGCUUGCCAUUGUUCUCACACGCGCCAUCGCUGUACACCUCUAUCGCAUUGGGACCCGCAGACCCAUGCCUAAGUCCCGUGGUGCUCCCCGCAGCAGCGGCACUGCCACCACCCCCACCGGCCUUGUCGUAUGGCCCCUGUCGGUACUGCUGGCGGUCUGGGCGGAUCGGGCCACCAUGUGACGCAGUCGCACUACCACUGCCACCCCCAUUGCCACCGAACAGACACAGAGGAGCACCGUAUAGCGUCUGCUUGGGUUUGUGUGUCCGGUAUGCGGGCUGUGCGUGUGUACCCACCCGUCACUGGUGCCCAUCCGCCAGUUGGGUCCGGCGUUCUGGUCCAUCCACUUCUCGGCCUCGUCUCGGCUGGUGAAGCUCUUCAUCUUGGCACUCUUGUGCCAGUUGUCAUUCUCGUCCUUGACCAGGUUCUUGCACUCGCCCCACGACGUGUAGAUGCCCACCGCUCCCUCAGGUGAGUUGGCCACGGCAUAGAACUUGGACGCCUUCUGCGUCUGGGUCCUGCCGCCGCUGUAGGUGUAAGUCCGCGACAUGAGGGCGCUGGGAGGGAUGAACAGCAAGGGCGGCGGAGGGCUCUGGUGGGAAGCAGGCGGGAUGGCGAGGAGAACGACCAAAACCAGCAGCGGCUGGACAGAUGCUCGGCAGAUUGGAUAGAUCUGGACAGUCGUUUCCGAAAAAAC